AUGACCAUUGGAUCAUGCAGAGGUACUGACAAAGAAGCUGCAAAACUGGCUCUAGAAUAUGUAAGCAGAAUCGAACAAAAUCCCUGCACGGGUGGUACCGAAGAGACUUUGGACCUGAACGUGAACCAUACAGAAUGGGAAACAUAUGUUCAACCUGCAAUUCUUACAUCAAACUUCAUCACAUCAGUGAUUCUUGAAAAUAAUGGUUCACUCGAUUACUUCACUGAUGAAAUGUUUUUCUCUCUAGUGAGGAAUAUUGUAAUUAGCCAUGCAACAUUAUUCGGAGCAUGCAUAGCAUUAGAACCAGUGAUUUAUUCAAAAUAUUCUUUGUUUGCACCAUACGCUUACCGUAAGAAUGGGAUUUUGUUUGCUCAUGAUAUAUCUCUAUCAUAUACCUAUCAGGACAACAAAACUGUGUGGUAUUUUGACCUAAAGAACAGGAUCUGGGAAAAUGUAACAAGUACAGUGUCGAAAACCAAAUAUAGGUCAGGUAAUACCUCGUUACCAGGAAAAGAUAGGGUUUUUCUUUCAGCCAAGCUCGAAGACGGCCAUUGGACUAAGCCGUACUUCGACUGUGGAGGUGGGAACAUUUGGAUGGUUACAUAUGCAUCUCCUAUAUUUUCAUUGGAUUUAGCAGGAAGACCCAAGUUUCAAGGCAAAGCUUCAGUUGAUAUAGAGUUGACAAAUAUUGACAUUAACCAGUGUGACCUAGAUUCGAGACACAGUUACAGUGAUUUUGACGUAUUUCGUGGAACGCACAGAUGUCCUUCUACAGAAUGCAAGUUCUUAAAAGGAAAAGGUUUUAAAAGAGGUGCUUAUGAGUGUUUCUGCACCAAAGGAUACUACUUUCCAGACGUGAAUGCUCAAGUAAAGGCUUUCAGUGGUUUAAAAUUGGAAAAUUCUUCUGAUUCCACUCAGUAUAAGUGUUUACCUUGUAAAGAGGGAUGUUCCAAGUGUGUUGAUGCCUCACCAUGUCUUUACCAAUUCCAAUUUUUAUUCCGGUUCCUGCUUUUAUUGGCUAAUCUCCUGACCUUUGUUGGUAUAGUAGUGUUAUUUGCAACUACAGUUUACUUUAAGGAUGAAUCGGUAAUGAAAGCCGGAAGUCCUAUUUUCUUAAUGCUUAUGUGUCUUGGAGGUCUAAUGAUAUGUAGUACGGGAUUUUUUGCCUUUCCAAAGCCUUCAGAAUUUCUUUGUAUUACACAGCACUGGGUAUUUCAUGCCGGAUUCUGCUUGAUGUAUGGCGCACUAGUAGCAAAGACAUGGAGAAUAGCUAUUAUAUUUAGAUCAGCAGACAAAUUUAAGAUAGUUUACAUGCCCGAUAAGGAGCUACUAAAACGGUUUUCUCCACUUAUUUUCAUUCUUGCGUUAUGUCUUCUUAUUUGGACUACAUCGGAGAAAAGGAAAACUCAAACCUUGAAAACAUCCAAUCAUCUGAAAUAUGAAGUUUGUAUGAGAAGUUAUUGGCUAUAUGCUAUUAAAUGUGUUGAAGCUUUUCUCCUUAUGAUUGGUGUUUAUAUGUGUUAUAUUGGGAGAAAGGCACCUGGACAUUUCAAUGAAAGUAAAUACAUGACUUGGGCUGUAUAUAACGGAAUCCUGCUCGGAAGUUUUCUUUUGAUUCUGAUGUAA